CAAACAAAAGCAAGUAUUUAAAGACGAGCUAACAGACCUCAAAUGCGAUUCGUGUUUCGACCGUUGCAAUCAUGAAGGUCUCCGCAAUUGUUUUGGUUGCCUUGUUCGUCGCUCAUGCGGCUGCUUGGGACUUGUCCAAGUACCAGCCACGAUCGGUCUUGUACCCUCGUGCCCCAUCGGAGACCAGCACUGCUACCGUCUUCCCUAAACGCUCCCCAACUGUCGAUACCCGCGGAUUCUGCGGACAGGUGAACUAUGCUUCCCGUAUCGUCGGCGGAACUGAGGCCGUUCCCCACUCUGCUCCAUGGCAGGUGGCUAUUUUCAUCGAUGGUCAAUACUUUUGCGGAGGUUCUUUGAUCUCCAACGAGUGGGUUCUUACCGCUGCCCAUUGCGCUGACAAUGCCAUCUUCUUCAACAUCUUGUUGGGUUCCCACAACGUUCGCUUGUCUGCUGCUGAGGAGCCUACUCGCGUUGAAGUCAGGUCCACCCAGUACACCGUUCACCCCGAGUGGGGACCCAUCCGUAUCGUCAACGAUGUUGCCCUCAUCAGGUUGCCCACUCCCAUCGAAUUCACCCCCGAAAUCCAACCAAUCUGCUUGGCCCCCUCCACCGAGGGCGACCAUGUUGGUGACAUGCUCCACAUCAGCGGAUGGGGCAAACCAUCUGAUGCUUCCGCUGGUAUCUCCCCCGUUCUCCGUGAAGUCAAUGUUCCAUGCAUCACCAACGCCGAGUGCGCCCUCACCUACGGAGCUACCAUCACUGACGGAAACAUCUGUGUUGACACCACCGGCGGCAAAGGAUCUUGCAACGGUGACUCUGGCGGCCCGCUGAGCUUCGUCAACAACGGCGUCUACAACCAAGUCGGUAUUGUCAGCUUCGGUUCGUCCGCUGGAUGCGAAGUCGGUCUGCCCGCUGGAUUCACUCGCGUUUCCUACUUCGCUGACUGGAUCGCCGCCAACACUGGCUUGAUCAUCUAAACUAACGAAGAAUAUUCCUUUCCCUUGCCAGCCCAAUAUUUUUGUUCCCUUUUUUCUUAUCCUCCCUGUUUCUAAAGCUAUAAAAUACAAAAGUCCUUGAAGA